AUCGCGAGUUAUAAUCAGACGGCGAAUCACGGGAGCAGCCCACGAUGCAGACGCGCGCCAUGCAAGCGCACACCCAGUCCGGCGGUGCCUGGGAUUGGGUGGAGGGAGUGGUGGCUGCGGACGGAGUCACAGGAUUGGUAGAGUUCAGCGCCAAACUUGUUGACUCAUAUCUGAGCAGCGCCUCUCCAUCCUUCACGGCGCGGAGCUGUCCAGGGCCAGUGGUGCUGAAACUGCCAGCUUCCGACGCGCCGUUGGAAUAAUUCCGUCUUUUUUCCCCCCCCCGGUUUGAUUGCUCCCACCGAGCCUUUGAAAGUUAGAUGCUCUUGUGCAACACUUCCAGACGUUUGGUUUAAGCGUCACUUGACGGAUAUUUAUCCACCGGCACCGCUCUAUCCAAGAGCGCACCAAGCCUUCAACUUCUUAGCCGAUCAAAUAGAGGACUCUCCGAGUCGCAGCCAUGGCUUUCAUGGUAAAACACGUGGUGGGAGGACAGCUGAAGAACCUGACAGGCGGCCUGACGGAGGAGAAAUCCGAAGGGGAGAAAACAGACGCCGCCGCGCAGGGGAUGACUCAAGAGGAAUUUGAACAAUAUCAGCAACAGUUAGAGGAGGAAAAACAAGAACGAGAAGCCAAUUUUGCUCAGAAGAAAGCUGAGAGAGCCACCGUUAGAAGUCAUUUCCGGGAAAAGUACAGACUACCAAAGAACGAGAUGGAUGAGACCCAGAUCCAGCAGGCGGGGGACGACGUGGUGUUGCCCACAGAGCUGGCCAAGAUGAUCGCUGAGGACAACCAGGAGGAAACGCACAAGCAGUCGGUGCUGGGCCAGCUGUCCAACAUCCAGAACGUGGACAUCGACCAGCUGAAAGACAAAGCUCAGGCCACACUGGAAGACCUCAAAAAGCAGACGGAGAAUUGCAGUCUCAUGUGAUUUGGCUCAACUCUAAGUCCCAGAAGAUUAGAGUUUUACUUGUACAAAUAUUUUUCAGAGGCAAAGCUGCUCUGGAGGUAGAAAUAUUUUUAUUGCUUGAGUGGAAUGUCAGUUGGCAGAGUCACAUAAUAACAGUUUUCCUAGCUGUGCAAAGUUAGACAGAAGCCCUGCAGAAAAGAAAGUAAAAGAUGAGGAAGCUGAUAUUAUGAAAUAUGGGGCUUGUCUUACUAACUGGAAAAAAGGAAUUCUAGCCACAGUGUCAUCUAGGUGGUCUAGUUUUGUUAGCGUUCCUUUUGACCUUCAGAUAUCCUAAAAGUCAUGUCAUUCAUAUUUUUAUUGAAAUGAGCUAACUUGCACUCUGAAAGACUGUGGUUCUCUGGCUCCUCCCAUUGAGAUUUAACCAAUGAGAUUAUUUCUGCCUUUAGAGCAAUUCCUCCCCUGAGAAAUAUUUGUCUAUUAAAUCCUUUACUCCUUUCAUUCCCCAACCUCCUGCACUCUCUGUACCUCAUGUGACCAGUGAUAGCACAAUAUGAUUCUUCAGCAGAGGUCUCAGGUGUGUGUGUGCAGGUUUUCAUUGCUUCCAAACACGCAGCAGAUGAUUUCACUGAUGAACACGUGCACCUUGAACGAGAUAGGAUCGCUGAGAUCAGCUGCUUGGUUGGAAUGAAAACACACAUGCACAAGGCUGACACUGGCUCAUGUGAGGAGGCCAUAUGUGUGUUAUGUUGAAUUUGGGAAAUUUGGUAAUCUAGUUUAGGAAAAAUAAAAUGAAGGAUCUAUUUGUGGGGUUGUUCAUAUUCCACGUUCAAAAGCACAAAAUCUUAGAAAAGGGAAAUAUUCAUUUAGAGCAACAAAUGAGGCUGAUUUUUGUCAUAAGUAGCUUACUGGUGUUGGCCCCCUGGUGCCCUGAUGAAAGCUCCCUGUGAGCUGCAUUAAUCUUAGUUCUAAUCUUUUCCUCGAUAUAUCAUUAUAAAGGCUUUUUUUAAUAGCUUUUUCCAUACUUCAGUGUGCCUUGGACGUCCGUACAAGGUUGUCUUCUCUAGAGCUCCAACAUCUGUUAGCUACUUUUUACGAAGACAGGCCUCCUUGUUUGUUUGUUUCUGCAGGAGAUUUCUUACUUUUAGUUUGAUUAAAAGCAACAAAUGAUUUGUGAGCAGGCGGGAAUUAUGUCUUACUUAAAGGCAGGAUGGAUUUGCUGCCUUUUGUCUGUUUUAAGAAUUUGCAGUUAAGUGUGUGCAGUUACUGCGCUCCCAAAUUUAACCUAGCGUCAAUAUCAACUACAUAGGGAGCAAAUUUGUGUUUGUGCUGCAUCGUGCUGAGGUUAAAAAAGAAAAGCUGCUCAGAUGAGAGAAAUGCAAAUGCUUUAGAAGUUGUAUGCCAAAGCCUUUGUUGAAAAUACUUUGACCAACAUAAAGGAAAUGGCACAAUUAUGUUGAACUGUGUAACUGCGAUGUGGGCAUAAAUCCACAAAUAUUUGUGUUGUAUAAGAUGUAAAUGUGUCUGCUGUUGACCUAUACUGUCGACAGCGGGUCGUUCUUCACUCUGUUUUCAUCAACUUGCUGCGUCGUUGCUGCGUGUUGUCGACCGUCACAUGACCUUUGACCCGUCCUCCAUCUCAUUGACCCCUGCGUCUCAGUGGUGCUGUUUUGUGCUGGUGAAUUUGUGUCGUUUAGUCGACGUGAUAUGUCAAGUGGUGUCUUUGUAAAAACCUCGUCCUGUGGCAGAGAGUGCUGGUUAUAGUGUUACACAGCACACAGUCAGUGUGGGCUUACUGCAUAACUCGGUAUUCUGUCGAUGUUGUUUUCUAGCCAAGCGUAAGUGAAGGUGUGGGCGAAUCAAAAGGGGAUGUUGUUGAUGUUGUGUUACAUCCAUAUGCGCUACAUUUUUGCCGUGUUUAAUUUUAUGUAGCCGAGGGUGAUGUCAGCUUUGAUCUCAUAUCUGUCCCCACUUUGACUCCUGUGAUGGUUCUGCUGCCAAAACAUGUUUUUCUUUUGGUACUUUAUGAUUAGAAAAGUUUUCAUUUUACAUGUGCACAUUUUAUUUUCGAGGAAAUGUGGGCAAAAAUAUACUGACUGUUUUCUCUAAGAUGAGUGGUAAUUUCCUUGCUGUAGGCGCCACACUGCCGCUGAAUGAAAACUGAGGCAACACAUCAUCAGUACAGUGGUUAUUGUCAUGUGAUAGAUGAACAGUAUAUUUGUAACAUUUCAAUAAUAUAAAGCAGAGGAAACGUUGCAAUAAGUCCUUUUAUAAUAGAGCUACUAGAAUCUGUCAUAUCCGAUCAUGAGACAAUAUUAAUGGGUGGAACAGAAGCCAUAAAGCAAACUGUUUGCUUUGUAUGAGUGUGUGUGACUUAAUUCAAUAACUAAAUAAUAAUAAUAAUAAUAAUAAUAAUAAUAAUAAUAUACAAACGUAUUUUUUGUGUUGUCAUCCUGUGGAACUGAUUUUUCAGGAAAUGGCUGCCAUGACACGCAGUUUCUUCUCGUUCUUUGGCUGUUUCUUUGUUUCACAGUGUCUCUAUCAUUCUGUCUCUGAAAGUAUUUCAGUGAUUUUUUGAGUUCUAGCUGCAAUAAACUGAUUUUUAGGAUAAUGGACUUCA